AUGGAGAUUAAGUUCGACUUCGACGGGUGGAUUCGGAAAAACCUAGGCCUUGUGGAGAUUGACAGAACACGGCGCCCAGAUAACGUGAUUGUAUGCAAGCACUGGCUCCGAGGGCUCUGCAAGAAGGGAGACGCGUGCGAAUUUUUGCAUGUGUUUGCGCUGGACAAAAUGCCCGAGUGCUGGUUCUUUUCAAAAUAUGGAGAAUGCAGCAACCAAGACUGCCUCUUUCUGCACAUAGACCCAAACAGCAAGAGCAAAGAGUGUGUUUGGUACAACAGAGGUUUUUGCAAGCACGGAAACAACUGCAGAAACAAGCACUACAAGAAAAGAAUGUGCUUUAAUUACGAGGCCGGCUUCUGCCCCCUGGGAAAAAAGUGCCCGUACGGGCAUCCAAAGUACGAAACGUACUUGGGAGACUACCAGCGGACAGAGCAGCACACGCUUAUAUCCAAGCCGUCCAACCUCAUUGAAAGCUGA